UACAGAAUGUGCUAUUUAAGAACAUUUCCUCAAAAACAGAGACAACACUACCUUAAGAAAGGUGCAUUGGGUUGUUUGCCCAGCAACAGAAAUGGAUUUUUCUCCAUCCAUACUUUUCUUCCCAAUUCUUCUUGUGCCUCUAAAUGUAAACUAGAUUGUAGAAGGAUGAAUUUUCCCGGGAUUGCUGUUCUUCACCGUAUUUCACAAACAACAUUAGGUUGUAACCAACUAAACAGAUCUGCCAGCUGGAGAAGACUCCGGCAGAGGACGUUUUUCCUUUUCUUCCCCUUGUACCUUUCCUGUUGCCUGACUUUUCCUAGAGAGAGGAUUCUAUUUUUCUCUCUCCUCCAUCAUAAUAGGAUUGUGUUCAUAAAACAGAAGGUACCAUCACAAAUACGCAUAAGUCAAGGCCAGAGGAGAGAGAAGAGGGGGAGCAAGGAGAAGAAUGGAAUAAGGUGAGGGGAGGUAGAGAGGACUAGCACGCAGGUAUGCAUUGAUCUGUAGCUGCAUUGUAUUUUAGAUUUUCGCUAUUCACACAAAAAAGGAGAGAUUUAUAGCCACUGGGAUUUGGUUGUAUUCUCACUUUGACUUGAGGGUUCGAGGCGGGUGAAAGGAACACCUGUAUCUCUGCUUAUUACACCUGCCAGCCGCAGGCUUCCAGGCAAGACUUUUCCCAAUAUCUCCACUAGAGCGGUGCAAAGGACGAAGACUUCAAGAACCAGCAUGCAACACCGCAGUUGUCAUCUAUUAAGGUGCAAAGGCUUGCUUUGGAGCGGGAAGGAUGGGGAAGGUUGGAGCAGUAGUAGUAGUAGUAGUAGUAGUAGUAGUAGUAGUAGUAGUAGUAGUAGUAGUAGUAGUAGUAGUAGUAGUAGUAGUAGUAGUAGUAGUAGUAGUCAUCGUGGAGAUCUGCUAGGCUGGUGUGAGGCGGGGAAAAGACGUCCGCACUGCAUGUUGGGAACUGUAGUCAUCGCGGGGGGGGGGGGAAGUGUCAGAGGACCCGCGCUGCAUGCCGGGAAUUGUAGUCUCCUCGCCGAGCUCCUCCCCGAGGUGGAGGGAGGACGGCGUUGAUGGGGCCACCAUUUUAGGCUUCGAAGGGGCCGCGGCCCGAAAGCCGAGGCCGGCUCCACUUCGGUGCCGGGCGGGCCCCGCCUCCAAGGGGACGCCUAGCAGCUGCCCCUCGUCGAGGCCCCGCCUCUCCCCACGUGUCCGCCUCGGGGAGGAGGAGCUGCCUCCUUCAAAGGAGUGGGAGCCGGCGGGCCGCCCGCGCUGUCUCUUGUGCUACUAGCCUGGGAAAGGCUUCGUCUCCGCCCGUCCUGUGUGUGCUCCCCAGGCCCCCGAUGCUGUGGCGGUCCUGCCUCUGAACGGCUAGCCUGCCCCGGGUGUCGUUCUCCGAAGCGCCGGCGGGGGGAGCAGCGGCCUUCGUCGGGGCUUGCUUGGGAGAGAGAGCCGAGGCGGGGGGCGGGAGGGCCCCCACGUUCCGUCGAGACGCGGCGACCGCGGGGAGGAGGAUGGGGGCGAAUCAGCUGGUGGUUCUCAACGUGUACGACAUGUACUGGAUGAAUGAAUACACCUCAUCCAUUGGAAUUGGAGUUUUCCAUUCAGGAAUAGAAGUGUAUGGUAGAGAAUUUGCUUAUGGUGGUCAUCCUUACCCCUUUUCUGGAAUAUUUGAAAUUUCCCCAGGAAAUGCUUCUGAACUAGGAGAAACAUUUAAAUUUAAAGAAGCUGUUGUUUUGGGAAGCACUGACUUCCUAGAAAAUGAUUUAGAAAAGAUUGUAGAAGAAUUGGGGAAAGAGUACAGAGGCAAUGCUUAUCAUUUGAUGCAUAAAAACUGCAAUCACUUUUCUUCAGCUUUAUCAGAGAUUCUUUGUGGGAAAGAGAUUCCUCGUUGGGUCAAUCGACUCGCCUACUUCAGCUCCUGUAUACCAUUCCUCCAAAGCUGCCUUCCCAAGGAGUGGCUCACUCCUGCAGCCCUUCAGUCUAGUGUCAGCCAGGAGCUCCAGGAGGAGCUGGAGGAAGCAGAGGAUGCAGCCGCGGCAGCCGUCAUGUCGAGUGCAUCAGCAAUGGCCAGACCUGGGCGCCACACUAAACUAUAAAUUUCUCCAAAGUAACACAUUCAGAACUUUGUCUGGCAGUUGAAUUUCACUAGAGAGCAGCAAGAAGAGAGCAAACUUCUUUUUGGACAUUCCUUUUGUAUGCAACAAUAGCUCUUCCCCAAAUCCCAAGUCUUUUCAGCUCAGGAUUAUAUUUGUAAUUUAAAAGAAUCACCUGACAAAAGAGGGAGGACUUUAUGUGAAGCCACCCUCUGGUUUUUUUACCCACUUGUAAAUUUGGAUUUACUUCUGUUUUAUACAAGAUCUGUUGAGUUAUGUUUACAGUAUUUUAUAUUGCUGUUUACAAAUCUUGCAUGGACUCCUGCCACCAUGAAAGAAGAAAACCUUAAUGUCUUCAUAAAUUAGGCAGGUAACUUUCUACAGUUCCAACUGCUGCCAGAGCUGUGGCAUAAACGGCAGAAUACCAAGUACAUGAACAGGUACUUAACAGUUAUGGUCACCAUCACCUGCUUAAGAAUUGUGGUUUAAAAAAAAAAAGCAUCAGAAUACAAGGAAUCCAAGCAAGCUGGGCUUGAAAUGAGAAUCAGAGGUCUUGUCUGGUGUUGGAAGGGUGGGGGUGGAAAGAACAGUUCCUUGAGGAGUGGUUAUAGCUCUUCUUUCCCCCCUGCCCUGCUCUCAAGGUAGCACAUCUGCCAGGUUUCCAACAGCAUCUGGCUUCUACCACCCUUACUGUCUACCUGGUCACCCUGUGCAUGCUUGGGACCUUGUCCAGUGUUCAUGGCUCCAAGAAUUUUCUUAAGGUUUGAUUGAUUUUCGUGCCAGUGACUGCACAUGUGUGAUAAAAGUUCAAUUUUACUUUAAUGCAUAGUCAUUUCUUAAACUGCAAAAGUGUUUUGUUUUUUCCUUGAACCUACUAAUUUGAAAUCCUGCCCACUUUAUAUAGUGCUUAAACGAAAGUUUGGGGAAUGCCUUGAGGGAUGUCCUGAAUGUCAGCAGUUUUAGUUUGCCAUCCAGGUUCUUAUAACUAUUGAGGCUGUUAAUUUAUUGGGUUUUCGUGGUCCAGAGUAGUAAAGUAUCUGUUGGACUUCAGUUAUUUUCAGGCUUUCUCUAUCAUAUCAGAAAGACAUGCCGUGACAUGGGGCAACCUAAAUCUAAAUCAACUUUGUCCAGCCCUUCUCAUGGCUGUGUGCUGCCUUUGGUCAUUUAUGAGUGAAUUAUGUGCACAACCAUUUCAUCUCAUGAGUAAAUGGCCAUCAUACUCUCAUAGACAUUUUUUGUUGACAGCAUAUUAAUGUAUUUCCAUUAGUUACAUUUAUUUUUUCAGCAACAUUCAAGACUCAUUUUUUUUGUCAUUUUAUAAUCUCUAAAGUGUCUAUUUAUGUAAAUCCAUCCACUUAAGAACCAAAUUGCGACAACAGAGAAUAAGCACAUGGUGUCAGAGAAAAUAUGUAACGUCCUGAAGGCCCCUGUGCCCAGGCAUCUGUAGUCCUAGUUUGGCCCUCCUCUGUAAAAAUCAUCCUUUACGUGUAAUAUUAACUUUUUCUGCCUUAACAAUGAAUUCCUGCAAUAAAAUUGGAUGAAAUUUAUAAACAAUUCAAGGCAGUGACUUAAACUCCAUAAGUAUUGUUGGUUUUUAAGUGGUUUACCUUUAUUUAAGUUGCUGCCCUAUGUUAAAUAUGUGAAGCAAACAUAUCUUUAAGUAAACUGCAGUUUUCACUUUUACAUAUUCUGAUUUUGUUUGUUUUUAUUACUUUUCAUAAAACCUUCUCAUAGGGAGAAAUCACUCAUUGGUUUUAAGAAUAAGCCUUAGGGAAAGGGAAAGCACAUAACUUAAUUUGUGCUUUUAACUGUUCAAUUUCCCUGAAAGAAAACCCUUGUUAAAAAAUACUCUCACUCCCAGAGUGGAAGGGGCCCUUAGUUUAUAAAGGGCUCUGUACAAAUGCAAUAAAGAGAUACAGACACUACCUGAUUUCCAUUAAACUUUUCUGAGUCUGAAAAGAUGACUUAAAAUAAGACACUAAUGACUUUAUUGUUGACUGUUGACAUUAUUUGUAAAAGGAGAAAAAUUCCUAUAACCAAAACCUGAAUCAUUUAGAAGUAGUUUGUUUUGCAGUUGUGUAUUUUGUUAAAUCUAUUUAGCUACUCAUGGUUUAAUUUGAGCUGCUGACUAAUCUAAAAGAGUAGCAAUUAGACGUUUUCCUGGUAAAUAGCCAGAAUGGCCCAUCUGUACUUAUUCAGGCUCCAAUCAACAAUAAAAACAUAUGGUGUGCUUUUUUA